AUGACACGACAUAAUGCGACCGUUACUUCACGUGACGUGUCAUACUGACUACAUAGACCUAGUCUACAUCGCAGCAAGUGGCCUCAGGCAUGGAGUACCUGGAGUCCAAGCUGCUCAUCCACCGCGACCUGGCGGCGCGCAACGUGCUCAUCGGCGAGAACAACGUCGCCAAGAUCUGCGACUUCGGGCUCGCGCGCGUCAUCGAGGACAACGAGUACUGUCCUAAGCAGGUGAGGAUCCGCUGUCCUAAGUGAGCGACGCGACCGAUACUGCACGUAACGUGUGUCAUAGGUGACUGUAGGACAACGAGUCGUUUACGUCAUAGAGGACAACGAGUACUGUCCUAAGCAGGUGAGGAUCCGCUGUCCUAAGUGAGCGACGAGACGCGACAUGAAGGGCCAUGACACGACAUAAUGCGACCGUUACUUCACGUGACGUGUCAUACUGACUACAUAGACCUAGUCUACAUCGCAGCAAGUGGCCUCAGGCAUGGAGUACCUGGAGUCCAAGCUGCUCAUCCACCGCGACCUGGCGGCGCGCAACGUGCUCAUCGGCGAGAACAACGUCGCCAAGAUCUGCGACUUCGGGCUCGCGCGCGUCAUCGAGGACAACGAGUACUGUCCUAAGCAGGUGAGGAUCCGCUGUCCUAAGUGAGCGACGCGACCGAUACUGCACGUAACGUGUGUCAUAGGUGACUGUAGGACAACGAGUCGUUUACGUCAUAGAGGACAACGAGUACUGUCCUAAGCAGGUGAGGAUCCGCUGUCCUAAGUGAGCGACGCGACCGAUACUGCACGUAACGUGUCAUAAGUGACUAUGUAGGACAACGAGUCGUUUACGUCAUAGAGGACAACGAGUACUGUCCUAAGCAGGUGAGGAUCCGUUGUCCUAAGUGAGCGACGCGACGUAAUGCGACCGAUACUGCACGUAACGUGUCAUAAGUGACUAUGUAGGACA